UCCAAAGAAGCCGCAGAGGCCAGAUUUCCCCAAAAGGAUCCCAAAAAUGAAAAAACCUCCACCCUCUGAUGACAAAGCUGAUAAACAUGCAGUAAAAUCACUAGUUGACGACACUGUCAUGUGUCAGCCCAAAAACCAUAUCGUCUUCCUCAAGACACACAAGACUGCCAGCAGCACCAUACUGAACAUUCUCUAUCGUUAUGGGGAAAGCCAUAAUCUGACCUUUGCCUUGCCAGCGAAAAUGCAGAGCCAGUUAUUUUACCCAACAUUCUUUGCAGCACACUUUGUGGAGGGUGUCCGGUCUCGCAGUGUGAAGGAGUUCCACAUCCUGUGCAAUCACAUGAGAUUCAGAUCACAGGAGGUGAGGAAAGUGAUGCCUAAAGAUACAUUCUACUUUUCCAUUCUUCGGAAUCCAGUGGCGAUGAUGGAAUCCCUGUUUGUUUACUACAAAGCAAUCCCAGCUUUCCGUGCUGUCAAAAGCCUUGAGGAGUUCCUGAUCCAGGGUGGGCGGAGCUACAACGCCUCUGUGCCUUAUAACCACUAUGCACGUAACAUUUUGACCUUUGACUUCGGUCUGGAUAAUACAGCACCUAAGAAAAACAUAGAGCUGGACAAACGAAGUGCCGAGGUCAUCGCCGCUGUGGAACGUGACUUUCCGCUGAUCCUCAUCUCGGAGUAUUUUGAUGAAUCGCUAGUGCUUCUAAAACAUGCCCUCUGCUGGUCACUGGAUGACGUUUUAUCUUUCCGCCUCAACAGUCGCAGUGAACGCUCGCGCAGGCCCUUGAGGACAGAGACUGCAGAGCGGUUAAAAGAGUGGAGUUCACUUGACUGGCGAUUGUAUCAGCACUUUAAUGCCACUUUCUGGAAACGCAUAGAAUCCACACUCGGGCGGGCGAAGCUCCAACAGGAAGUUAUGCUUCUGAGGGCAAAGAGGAGAACGCUUGAGAAAAUGUGUCUUCAGGAAGGAGGGGCGGUAGAUCCUGUGCAUGUCCAGGAUUCAUCCCUGAAGCCCUUUCAGUAUGGUGUAGCAGUUAUUCAAGGUUAUAACCUCCGACUGGGGUUAAACAAUGACACUCGUCAGCUUUGUCAGAGGUUGAUUACACCUGAGCUGCAGUACACCUCAGCUUUGUACACUAAACAGUUCCCUCAGCUGAGUGCUGCUGCUGCUGCAAAAAAGAUUGCGGUUUCCAGAAGCACUGCAGUGCACAGAGCUGUUGAGCGCAAUGUUGAGGCAAAUGUUCACACAGCAAUGAUGAACAAUACCUCACAUAACCAUACUAAUAAAGUCAUCGUGGAUGAACAGCUUAAACAGUUGAGCUAAUUCUGUUUCAGUGCAGGUGACUCUUAUGAGCAAGUUCAGUUUAGUGAAUCAAAACCAUACAGCCCAACCAGAAGGAAGUCACUAAAGAAUGAUUAGUUCAAAAAGACAGGUUUGAUGAAUUGUUCACUGAAUUGAAUCCAGCGAGGCACUGAAGCAACGUCUGACUCCCUUACCUAACUAAAAGUGAUCAUUAUUUUCAGUGAUAUCCAUAUCGAAAUGAACCAAGGUUUUUGUCAGUGUCAUUUCAGCAUUAUUUGUCUUGUGUAACUUGUUUGCACUCUCUGUUUGAAAAUAAAUCAUCUAAUUUGUAUGAUUUUCCAUUUUAGAUUGGAAGAGGCUGUUCAGCUGUUGUUUGUGUUUUUGUAAAAUGCACAUCUUUCUGCUCAUUAUGGCUAAACUGGUUUUCUAAAAACAAUGGUUUAGGUUUCCAGAGUGAGUCAAGUUAAAAUAACAUGGAUAAAGUGUGUUUGGCCUAUGCAAAAGUAAAGAUUCAGCUGAACUUAGUUUUUGUUAUAAUGCUUGGAAACUGAUUUAUACAGCAGUAUUGUGAAUAACUUGGGAGAACAGGCAUACACUUUGUAAAUCCAGCUGUUUAUUUCUGCAGCAUGUGACAACUGAUUUGUGGUUAAAUGUCACUGGAAGAAAAUGGAAAAUAUGUCACUGGCAAUCUCAGACACAUAAAUCAGAGCCUAAUGCAAAA